UCCUCUCACCAGCUCAACCCAACUCAGCCCCAGACUCCACCAUGACCGGCUCCUGCUGUGGCUCCAUCUCCUCCUCCCUGGGCUGUGGCGGAGGCUGCUACCAGCCCUGCUGCUACCGCGACCCCUGCGGCUGCCGCCCAGUGUCCUGCCAGACCACCGUGUGCCGCCCUGUGACCUGUGUGCCCCGCUGCACGCGCUCCAUCUGGGAGCCCUGCCGCCGCCCAGUCUGCUGCGACCCGUGCAGCCUGCAGGACGGCUGCUGCCGCCCCAUCACCUGCUGCCCCACGUCCUGCCGGGCCGUGGUCCGCCGCCCCCGCUGCUGGGCCACCACCUGCUGCCAGCCCAUCUCUGUGCAGUCCCCAUGCUGCCACCCCCGCUGCUGCCAGCCCGCCCCCUGCCGCACCACCUGCAGGACCUACCCGUGCUGCUGAGCAGUGCACUGACUGCUUGGAGCAAGCAACCAACCUCCUGAAACUGUUCUACCCCCAUUUCUCUAACAAACCUGCUGCUCUGAGCCACCAAGACCCUAAAUCAACAAGGAGUUUAAUAGGGAUUCAGACUCAUCUAUUAAGGCUUGGACUGUUCUCAAGUAACAGUCACAGCUUCCUUCUUCCCUUCUUAGGUCUUAAGAAUUGCAGCAUGUUUGUUUUCUAAUAAACUUCUCUUGUUUGUCCUAGCAAA